CCGCUGACGUGCUAAAUUUUGUUUUGUUGUCAAUAAAUUGAUUAUUUGGGUGCAGAUUGUGAGAAUUUUUGUAAACAAGAAUGGCUGAAACGGGGCAAGCUCCCCCUAUACAGAAUCAGACCCCAGAAUCUGUACAAUCGGCGAUCUCAUCAGUUUUUGGAACUUUACAAGAAUAUGGUUGGUUUAUUCUAAUUGGACUAGUAGCGUUAAUCUACAUCAAACAGAAAUUCCUUGACCCAAAAAUACAGCAAUUUACUAGUCAACGAGAAGAGAGAAAUGAAUACAAAAAAUAUGAUAGUGAUGCAGCACAAGAAAGAGUUGAGGCAAUGGAGAGAGCCAGAAAGAAAUUGCAGGAUAAAUUCAAUCAAGAAGCUGCUGUGUUUGCAGAAGAACAAAAAAAAAGUAAUAAACCAUAUUUCUUUACAAUAUCAGCCACCAAGGGUUGUGAUAAGGAGGAAGGAUCGAUCCUAAAUGCUCUCAAUGGUAAUUUGGGAUGGUGA